AUGAGGAUCAUUAAUUUGCCAUUUCUACCUCUUGCAGAGUAUGCUGAACUGACUCCUCUUUUAUGCCUUGGAGUUGGAUCAUGUGCCGGCAUCAUUGACACUUCAGCAACUUAUCCCAAGGACAUGGUGUGUGGCAGGCUCACUGUGCAGAUGGAAGCAUCUCCUGGGAACAGGGGAAUCAUCCAUGCUCUUUCAACUGUUUUUGGUGAAGAAGGUUCUCAUGCUUUGCACAAAGGAUGGCUUCCAUCUGUAAUAGUGAGAUGCCAGUUUCUUUCUGCUCUUGCAGUGUUUGAUAAAAUAAUGGACUGGUUGAUCAAAUCCAGACCAUAUGGACUUGUUGAAGAUUCUGAGCUGUGUUACAAGCAAGAACUUGGGCGUGGGGAUGCUGCUGGAACUGUUGGCCAGACGGUUGCUUAUCUUCUUGAUGUUAUUCAUCAAAGACAACAGCUAGGCAUGAAGAUUUCAAAGCUUUGUACAAAGAUGGGUGGAUAUCCAUCUGCUUUCUAG